UGCUGUAACUCUGCCGCAAUCUUGACACCGCUCUGGCUGAAUCAUUCCAUCAGAGGUACUCUAACACCUACACCCUCACCUACCUGUCCAUCCUUCCUUUCGACCGUGGAAAAAAAGGCGUUUUUAACACAUAAAGAACACAAAAAUGGCGAGCAACUUCUCGAGAAUCCUGUCAUCCAAGCGAAACAUCGGGAUCCUGACGCUGGUGGGUGGCUCAGUAACGGCUGGAUUUCUGUUGCACCGGGAUCAUGUCAGCGCCGGAGUGCCUGUACGCAGGAGGUACCCUGCAAGUGCGGAGUACCCAGACUUGCGCAAACACAACAACUGCAUGGCCAGUAACCUGACACCUGCCAUUUAUGCCAAGCUGUGUGAUAAAGCCACUCCCAAUGGUUACACACUGGACCAGGCCAUCCAGACAGGUGUGGACAACCCUGGGCACCCCUUCAUCAAGACUGUUGGCAUGGUGGCAGGAGACGAAGAGUCCUACGAGGUAUUUGGUGAUCUGAUAAACCCUGUCAUCAAAGAGAGGCACAACGGCUAUGACCCCCUCAACAUGAAGCACCCUACUGACCUGGACUCCAGCAAGAUCCAUUCAGGCCUGUUUGACGAACGUUAUGUGCUGUCGUCCAGAGUGAGGACAGGCCGCAGUAUCCGGGGGCUGAGCCUGCCCCCUGCCUGCAGCCGGGCAGAGCGCAGGGAGGUGGAGAGGGUUGUGGUGGAUGCCCUCGCCGGCCUGAAGGGUGACCUGACUGGGAGGUACUACAGUCUCACCCAGAUGACAGAAAAGGAGCAGCAGCAACUCAUUGAUGACCACUUCCUGUUUGACAAGCCAGUGUCACCCCUGCUGACAUGCGCAGGAAUGGCUCGUGACUGGCCAGAUGGCCGUGGUAUCUGGCACAACAAUGAGAAGACAUUCCUGAUCUGGGUCAAUGAGGAGGAUCACACCAGGGUGAUCUCCAUGGAGAAGGGAGGCAACAUGAAGAGAGUCUUUGACAGGUUCUGCAAAGGCCUCAAGGAGGUGGAGCGUCUGAUCCAGGAGAGAGGCUGGGAGUUCAUGUGGAAUGAGAGGCUUGGUUACAUCCUCACCUGCCCCUCCAACCUGGGCACGGGGCUCAGAGCCGGGGUCCAUGUCAAACUGCCCCUGCUCAGCAAGGAUCCCCGCUUCAGUAAAAUCCUGGACAACCUGCGCCUGCAGAAGCGUGGGACGGGGGGCGUGGACACGGCCGCCGUGGGUGGCGUGUUCGACAUCUCCAACCUGGACCGCCUGGGACAUUCUGAGGUCCAACUGGUGCAGACGGUGAUUGAUGGUGUCAACUACCUGAUCGAGUGUGAGAAGAAGCUGGAGAAAGGCCAGGACAUCAAGGUGCCUCCACCCAUCAAGCAGUUCAAGUAGACAUUGACCUCUGACCUCACCCCACAAACCUCUGGGCACAUGCACAAGCACCUCACCCUGCGCCCAUAGAUAUGAUAAAUAUCUAUGUCAUUGCCCCACAGUAUACCUCUUUAUAAUAUAAUCUACAUAUAUUGUAUGCUGUCCCAGAAUAUUGCAGUGGACUUAAGUAUGUUGCAGAUGCACUUCACAGUUUUUAUCUGUAAACUCAACUCCAAACCAAGCUCUAAAUUGGCAGCAAAAACUAAUGAAUGAUGCACAAGCUGUAGUCUGUUGUAAAGAAACAAACAUGGCUGCCAGUUUUCCUGUCUGCAUGGUCAGCAGUAGCUAUGGCUGUGCUCCCACAACCACUCCUCAGCCCACAAAACCUGACUUUGCCCUGCCUCAGCCCCUCCUCCUUGCUGCAUGUCCUACGCUCAGCCUGUCUCCUCCCCUCAUUUCUGUAUGUUUUUUGGUCAUGCCCAUUAUCUGAUGCUUGUAUAGUCCAUCCAUUUUUGCGAUACUCUCCAUUAUAGAUUGUGUGUACAUACUAGAUCUUUACCAUUUUUAGUGGAUUUGGAUUCCAAAUGACUUAUGGAUGUGUAUGUUCGAUGGCACACUGGUGUCAACAUGUGAUGUUAAAACACACUCUGGCCAGGCUGGGCUCUGUACUGUAAGCUACUGCAGCAAUAUCAUUCCAGCUCAUCACUGAAUGUCACACUAUAAUGUCUUUUAUUAAAGAAGUCAUCUAUUUAACAGUAA